AGGCGGGCCGCAUACCCGCCGUGUCCAGUUUACGUAGUGCGAUGCAUAUGACGGAGCACAGAUGCGACUUGCACAUUGGGGGAAAAGGAAGUGCAGUCAGUAGUGAGAGUACGUAGCCCCUCAUUAUGCGGGGUUGGGGAGUAUAGAAAGAUACUGCUUACACACAACUUAAGUAGCCUAUGCUGACCAGGAAUUCAUCGCAUUUUGUCUAUCACCUUUAAUCUUUUCUGCAUAUCAUCUGCUCAUCAUGACCACGAGAAGCGACUGCAACGUCCACGGCCUCGAGUUCCGUGAAGCAAAACCCUCGCAGGGAGAUCCUGCUCGUCCUGUUGCUGAUCUCUUUCGUCUUGAUAAUCGCACUAUCAUCAUCACCGGCGCUACCGGCUUCCUAGGCACCACGCUCGCCAUUGCGAUCCUCGAAAGCGGCGGUGAUGUCGUCUGUCUUGAUCUCGCACCCGUCCCGAAUUCUCCGGAUUGGCAUAAAGUCGAAGCCGCCGCGCAAAGUCACGCCCGCCAACUAACCUACUACCCCCUCGACGUAACGGACGAAUCCAAUGUAGAGAAAACUUUCACCCAGUUCAUCCCUACCCUACGAUACCCGCUCAAGGGUCUUGUCGCCUGCGCAGGCCUAUCUCGCAAUGGUCCCGCGACCGAAUUCCCCGUCUCAUCAUUCCGCCGGAUGCUAGAUACCAAUGUGACGGGAACGUUUCUCAUCGCGCAGGCGGCGGCCCGGGAAAUGCUCAGGACGAAUACUACGGGCAGCAUGGUAUUUGUGGCUAGUAUGAGUGGUUAUGUGUCGAAUAAGGGCGUGGAUACAGCCGGAUACAACGCCUCCAAGGCGGCCGUUCAUCAACUCACGCGGUCUCUAGCUGCCGAGUGGGGAUCGAGGGUUGGAAUGCCUUUGAUUAGGGUCAAUUCGCUCUCACCUGGGUAUAUUCGGACUGCGGCGACGGCUGAAGCGCUUCAGAAGCCAGGGAUGGAGAGCCAGUGGGUGGGUGAUAACAUGCUGUUUCGGUUAAGUACGGCGGAUGAGUUCCGGGCACCGGUGCUUUUCAUGCUUGGGGAUGGGAGUAGUUUUAUGACUGGGGCGGAUUUGCGCGUUGAUGGGGGGCAUUGUGCGUGGUAGGGAGGGAGUGUCUUAUCUGUGUUUGUUUGUGGGGGAUAUCUAGACGGGCUCCAAGUUAAAUGUAAUAUGAAGCGAGAGCUCUGUUUGUUCUUGUUGUCUGUUAUUUGGAGUAAUAAAUGAAAGUGUAAGAUGG